AUGGCUGAAAACGGUGCUGCGUGGUUUGCGCCGCCGGGCGGUCCUUGCCGCGUGAAGACGCUGCACCCGGGAGUGCACGGCGGGAUCCUGGCGAUCCGCGACAACGCGCAGCACAUGGGGGCGCUCGAGAAGCACGGCAUCAGCACCAUAGACCUGGUGGUCGUCAACCUGUACCCGUUCCGCGCGACGGUGACGCGCGACCCGCCGCCGCCGUUUGCGGAGGGCGUGGAGAACAUCGACAUCGGCGGCCCCGCCAUGAUCCGGGCGGCGGCCAAGAACCACCAGGACGUGGCGGUGGUGGUGGACCCGUCAGACUACGACGAGCUCCUCGCGGCGCUGGGGGGCGACGCCGCCCCGGAGGAGGCGCUCGCGUUCCGCAAGCGGCUCGCAUGGAAGGCGUACCAGCACACCGCGUCCUACGACUCGCAGGUGGCCGAGUGGCUGUGGGGCCAGGUGGGCGGCGGCGCGCCCGCGCCGGCGCUGAGCGUGCCCAUGACGCUGUCCCAGACGCUGCGCUACGGCGAGAACCCGCACCAGGCUGCCGCCUUUUACGUGGACGACUCCCUUGCCGAGGCCGGCGCCGGCGGCGUGGCCACGUCCGUGCAGCACAACGGCAAGGAGAUGUCCUACAACAACUACCUGGACGCUGACGCAGCUUACAGCGCGUGCUGCGACUUCACGGAGCCCACCUGCGUGAUCGUGAAGCACACCAACCCCUGCGGCGUGGCCUCCCGCGGCGACCUGCUUGAGGCGUACCGCCUGGCGGUGGUGGCCGACCCCAUCAGCGCGUUUGGCGGCAUCGUGGCCUUCAACAGGCCCGUGGACGAGGCGCUGGCCCGGGAGAUUCGCGAGUACAGGUCCCCCACGGACGGCGAGACGCGCAUGUUUUACGAGAUUGUGAUCGCCCCCUCGUACACGCCAGAGGGCCUGGAGGUGCUCAAGGGCAAGUCCAAGACUCUGCGCAUCCUGGAGGCCAAGCCCAGGGCACCCAGCGGGCGGCAGCUGCGCCAGGUCGCGGGCGGCUGGCUGCAGCAGGGGGCCGACAGCCUGGCGCCGGAGGACAUCACAUUCGAGGUGGUCAGCGAAAAGCAGCCCACGCCGCAGCAGCUGGAGGACCUCAAGUUUGCGUGGCGCUGCGUGAAGCACGUCAAGUCGAACGCCAUCGCGGUGGCGAAGGACGGGCGCAUGCUCGGCAUGGGCAGCGGGCAGCCCAACAGGGUCAAGUCCACCGAGAUAGCCCUGGAGAAGGCGGCCGCUGACGUGGCGGGCUCCGUCCUGGCCAGCGACGCCUUCUUCCCCUUCAGCUGGGGCGACAGCGUCGAGAAGGCCUGCCAGGCCGGCGUGGCCGCGAUAGCGCACCCGGGCGGCAGCAUGCGCGACGCGGACGCGGUCGCGUGCUGCAACAAGUAUGGGGUGGUGCUCGUGACCACCGGGGUGCGGCACUUCAAGCACUGA